AUUGUGAUUCUUUAGUAGUGCAGCUGAAAGUGCUCAAAGUCACUUGGUGGCUCCAUUUUGAUAGGAGCACAAUUUUUAGGGCCAUUCAUGCUCCUUUACAGGUUGGAGCAAUUGCAAUUUGGUUGUUGAAGUGAUUAAACUUUUUCUGAGUCCAGAAAACUUUGCAUGGUGGGAAUAUGCUGAAAAUAUUCAUGUUGAUAUUUAAUAUGAUGACCAAAUUUCUAGAUCUGGAUACUGCUCCAGGCAGAAAAUUGGUGAAUCUGACUCCUCAGCCCAGUAAGAGAGGUAUUCUCUGUAGAGAGAUGGACAGUCUUGUGUCCUGGCUCUUGCUUACAGUGCACCUUUAGAACACAAGGAGCAUAUAUACUUUUGUUAUGUAUAUACCAUAAACCAUCCCUGGAGCAAAGGUCAGGAUAAAGGACUCUUCACACGUGUCAGAAGAACUUCCUCCUUCCCAGGAAUGCACAUCCUGCUUUCCUUGACAAGAAAUGAAAGGUUUUGGUCCUGUGAUAUCACCUACUAGCUUGCAGUAAAUCAGUCCCAGCCAAAGGGACUGCACUUCUACUGCAUUCCAGCCCAGGGCAGUUUGCUUUGGGAACAGGUAGCUGCUCUGUGGCACCCAGGUGUGCCGGGGUUCUCAGUCACCUCUUGACUGUGGGUUUCUGUGGGACCACUGGCCCAUGCAGGGACAACCUCAGCAGUGUGCACGUUCUGGUCCACGGGAAACACAGUAUAGCAGGAGACACCUCUGAACUCAUAUGGAAGACACUGCAAAUUUUUUCUUCAGAAGGCACAGUCCAUUGACUUCAUUAGGGUCUCUACUUUUAAUUCUCUCACUAAUUAAAAUUCUCAGAGUUGGUGCUUCUCUUUCCUUUUUUACCAGAGCUCUGUUUGGAAACGUUCUCCAUCUCCCUUGGCUCCCUUGGCUUUAGUCACUCAUCUGCCAAAUGCAAGGCCAGCCUUUUCCCACUUCACAAGGCAUGGCGGAGCUGAAUUCACUGCUGUUUAUUGGAUACUUCACUAAUGGGCAGCCCAGAGAUCAAAUAAGUCAGCAAAAAAUAUGGUUUCAGUGAAAUACACACAGAGUGAGUCUGACCUGUAUUAGCACUGCAGUAUCACAUCAGCAUUCAAAGCUACUGAUCAGUGAGACUUUGAGAGUCCAUCAUGGGAAUAAUUCAUCCCUAAAAGCUGCACAGGACUAAAAAGCUCCCUUGUCAGAUGAUGAUGCUACACGGUAAUUGAGAACACCCUUUUUUUGCAUGGAUCCUCUUCAGUAAUUUACUGGGCUUGGCUAACUUUUAUUUGAACUUCCUAGAAGGGCAGGGACCAAUUCUGAUUUUUGUAAAAUACACAGAACUGGACAAUCAGGCUCCAAGAGACCCCCUUUUGUGAAUUUCUUGUACCACACUUCUAGUAUUCUUCUCAUUACUGAAUGUUAAGAUCCUCUGACAGCAGAAGCAUGCUGAAAGCACUGGUUUCAAACACAGUAAACAGUAGUAUUUAGGUUGCACCUGAAAAUAUAUCUGAAACUGUUUUUGAAACAUAGCUGAUAAGAGUCCUGUCCCUGAUAUGAGGUGAUCAGGUAGCCACACUGUAAUUAAGAAGUCUAUCAUGUUCUGUGACAUCGUAUUUAGAACUAUUUCCAUUAAUAAUUACAUAGCCUGAGUGGCAGAUGAAUUAGUAUAGUCUUUUCCAGAAGGUAAUGCAGGUAAAACCUCAAGAUAAGCAAAGGUUUUCCUGUGUAUUUCCAUUUAUCUGUUUGGAAUUGGGGUGAUUUUGUUUCACUUCUGUCGAUGUCUUGCUGUCACCUGUACUAAAAAAAAAGAAAAAAUAUAUAUAUAUAUCAAAGAUAUGAGAAUAUAAAUUCAAUAAUGUUAUCAUCAUGACAAUGCAAAAGUAAUGACGUAUUAACUUUGUGCUGUAAGGCCAGUAUAUUAAAAGCAGAUGUGCUAAUUCAUCAUGGCAGUAGAUCUGUCACAAUGGAAAAGCACCUCUGAGACUGAGGAGGUUACAGUAGGGACUAGUUUGAUCUAGCACCUUCAAAUAAUAGAUCUUUGGAUUGUGAUUUUCUUCUAGUUGGCAAAAAAAUAAAAAUAAAAAAAAAUCUGGCAACUUCUGAAGAACGGGAAACCACUACUAUACUUUGGACAAUUAAAAGCAGAAGAAAACCACAGAAGUUAUCCAAGCAAAUACCAGAAUAUCUCUGUCAGUGUAUUUAGCGAUCAUGUCGGUUCUUAUAACUGCAGAAGUUUUGACUGCUAUGAAACAAAUAAAUUUUAGGGUAUUACACUGCACAGCUGAGAUUUUGCUUCCUGGGAACAAUGUUUUAUUGGUUCCAUUUGAACAUACUGUGGUGUGCAAAUGAUCACAGGUUUGGCAAGUCCUUUAUAAGGCUUUGUAUUUAUAAGGCCAGAAACAGAUGUACAGAUAAUUUCAGUGACAUGCACACUUUAUAUGGUUGCAAAUACUGUAGGGAUGUGUACCUCAGAAAGAAAAAUGAGAUAUUUGAGUAUCCUAGUUGCCUUUCUUUCAAAGAAUGGACACGCUGCAUAGCAAAUCAGUGCUUUGCCAGCUGCAGUUUGCAGAGCAAAGGCCAAAAGCUUUAUUAACAUACACCUCUGUGAAACUAUUGCUUGAAGCUCCUGAGAAUCCGAGCAAGAUUUCCCCCAGCCUGGUGUCUUCCUGCAGGCCGUCCCUCAGACAUCAGCAGAGCCCUGCCCUUGUACAUAUGGCAUGGCUGGCUGCAUGCCACAUUUGGCUUCCAGCUUGCAGCCAAUCCUUCCAACCUGCCCACGCUGAUACUUCCCAGACUUUGGCUCCCAUUCCAGUGCUAUAGCUCCAGCAAAUCCUUUUGUAUUUUCCUGCUUUGAGUGGAGGUUGGAAUAAUGCAAAAAGGGAACCAAAAGUGUUUAAGUCUGUUCCUUUUCUCAAGGGAGAGUGUACAAAAAAGGCAUUUCCGCAAGAUCGUAACCUCAGUUACAGAUUACAAAGUGGAUAACUCCGUAUUUACCCGUGCAGUCUCUCAGCAGACGACGAUUAAAGGGUGAAAUUACCAACAGCACAAUGGCAGGUUGAGGGCCACCAUAUCAGCUCUUGUCCAAUUGCUUGUACUUGCAUAAAGAAUUUCACUGCUAAUUUUUGUAAAAUAAAGUAUGAUGUUGGUAAAUAACCACAUAUUGUCAAACUGCAAGCAAAGGAAAAAAGCAUAUGUGUGUGCUUACAUCAGGCAGAAUCCAUUUUCAGUCAUGUUUUUUGAAGAUGUGUUCUGAUGGACCUUCUGGGGCUGUAGUGCGUGACAGAAAUGAGUGUGAGUGGAUUAGAAGUGAACAAUAAGAAUUAAAAUAAGAAAUAAUUGAUUCUAAUUCUAUGAGAACUUUUAAAAAAACUAUAUUUCUAAGAUAGAAUUUGUUACUCAUAUUCUUGUGCUUUUCAUAUCCAAAAUAAACCUGCAUUUACCAUUGCAGUUGCCAUGCUCUUAUACUCUACACUGUACCAGUUAGGAAGAAAAAAAACCAAAAACACAAACACAGAAUAAUAGAUAAGCAAUCUCUUUUUCCUGAUGUCAGCUGAAUUAAUGGUUGCACAUGGAAUUUAUCUGAUAGAGCUCAUCUACUAGACAUGAAUUAAAAUCUGUUAGUAAGAUACAAAUAAAGUGUUCAAGGCCAGAGCACCCCUAAGACUAUUUGGACACCUUUUUAGGAGGGUGUCAAGACAUUCAUGUGUCCGUGCCUUGUGAGACUAUCCCAUUCUUCAUGGUGCUGUCCUAAAUAUAUGACCCGUUCCUAAACCCCAUGCCUGUCUUUUCAAAUGUGGAUAUCAUGACGUCAGUGAAGAAGGAUCUCUAAUGCAGACAGCUGUGGUGGUCCCCUGUGGAAUCUAAGCCCUUGUGAUGGCUGAGGAUUCCCUGCCAUCAGUGUGUGUUUUGUUAUUGGUUUCAUUGACUGCGCUCAGCUGGGUAGCCUAUGAUCUCUGUGUUUGAAGAGGACAGGGAGAGAGGAGCAUCUCCCAAUGGAGUCUUAGUUGUGGAGAUAUUUACCUUAGGUGAAAUACUCUGCAGCCACUUGCCUUUUUCUUGGUUUGACCACAGGGUGAGUCUGGGCCACUUAAAUCAGGAGCCUACUUUUUAGAUAGUCAAAGCUAGUAAAUCCCAUCAUAUAUUACCAUUGAGGUCAUCGAUAUAUCACCCCUCCUCCACGUUUGGAUCCCCUUUUGAAAGUGCUGUAGCUUUAGCACCAGAGGUUUCCUGCGCUACAUGCCUUGAUGGGUGAUGAAGCAUCCAACAUACAAAAUUCUGGAACCACCCGGGAUAAAGUUUACUCUCAGCCGUGUCACUGUUUCAGGACAGGAAGCAAGAGUGACUGACUGUGCUUGGGCUGUUAAUCUGCUGGGAGAUUUAUUUAUUUAUUUUGCUCUGUAUAAUAUCCACAUUUUAAGCAUAAAGUUUUUCAGCUCCAGUGCCUUGAAUGUACAUGAAUUCAUUGCUGUGCACAUACCAGUAAGUGGUAAUGCUCUAUAAAUGAACGCACAGAGGAGUGUUUUUCAGAAGCCUUUGCAGAUGUCUUUUGUAUAUCUGCCUCUGUGAUUUAUUCCCUGCAGGUAAGUUGUGUGACUGUUCUCUGUGUGAGCAUGAUUGGAUUUCUUCAGUCCUUGGCACAAUCCCAUCAACCUCUGCUAUCUCUUGUGUUUCAGGCAAGUUUUUGCCAUUUGCCUUUUUAGGCAGAGUCAUCUCAGCACAAUCUCACAAUGCAGUCUGUUUGGGCUGCUCUCACUUUUUCUCCAAUUUCCCUCCUUAACAGGAUUGAAGUCAAGACAUACUCUGAGGCAGAGAAUGGUUAUUUCUAGUAAUUCUGGUUGUCUUUAAGUCAUGACAGCUUUGCCAACUUCCUCAUCUUACAUGAACAAAAAAUCACUUUCUUUCAGUGAGGAUAAAUUUCUGUUUCUGAUAUAAACACUGUUUUGAUUCAUUUGCUUUAUACCACUACCUUCUCGUAAGCUGUUCCUUCCUGACUUUGGUCUCAGCAGUAGACACGUUCCCAGAGGUUGCAUUCUGAUCUCCAUCCCAGUACUUUCUCUUUGUAGUUCUUUUGUCCUGAGGGAGUACGAAAGAAAAGAAGGUGCUGCAAAACAAAUGUCAUUAUAGUUGCAAGUAUUGCUUAUAGUUCUGCUGCUUAUUUGAGUAUCAUUGCUUUCAUGCCAAAACAGAGCUUUUUACCAUAUGUCCCCGGGACAAUUGCUGAUGGCCCUCUGACCUUGUUGUGGCAUUUCAGAAGUAUCUCUGGCUGUGUUUUCAGAAAAAAAACCAACACCCAACAGCUUUCAUGUUAAGAUUCCACUGAAACCAGGCUUUGUUUUUCUGAUUUCUAGCCAUAUGCUGCAAUGACUGUGAGUCAAAUUUUUGCAGGGCCUUCAACCUGAACAACAUAGACUUAAAUAACAAUUUAUUCCAUCUUAGUUCUGCGGCUUACAGUCAAGUGGUUGUAUGGGAGCUGUUCAUGCAUUGCCAGAAGUGGUCCAUGCCAAGGAGGGCUGCUAAGUUGCGAAGUUACAGAGUCAAGAAUCAUAGAACUGUAGAAUGCCUUGGGUUGAAAGGAACCUUAAAGAUCAUCCAGUUUCAACCCCCUGCCGUGGGCAGGGCUGCCGCCCACCAAAUCAGGCUGCCCAUGGCCUUGAACCUGGCUUUGAAUGCCUGGAGGGAUGGGGCACCCACAGCUUCUAUGGGCAGCUGGUGCCAGGACCGCACCACUCUCUCAGUGAAGAAUUUCCCCCUGAUGUCUAGCCUGAAUUUCUCCUCUUAGCUAAAAGCCAUUCCCCCUUGUCCUGUCACUCUCUACCCGUAUAAAAAGUUAAUUUCCCUCCUGCCUAUAAGCUCACUUCAAGGUUGCAGUGAGGUCUUUCCACAGCCUCUUUUCCAGGCUGAACAAGCCCAGCUCCCUCAACUUUUCUUCAAAGAGGUGCUCCAGCCUUCUGGUCAUCUUUGGAGUCCUCUUCUGGAUCUGCUCCAGCAGCUCCAUGUCCUUCUUGUGCUGGGGGCUUCAGGCCUGGACACAGUACUGCAGAUGAGGUCUCACAGGGGCAGAGCAGAGGGGGAUGAUAACCUGCCUUGCCCUGCUGGCCAUCCCUCUUAAAUGUCCUUGGAGCACAGUUUGCUAGAAGUUGGGAAAGUAGACUGAGCAAACAGAGUAGCGUGCUUUUCCUGUUCUGAAUGAAAGCUUUAGAAACCCAUUCUAGGUGCUACUGAAGAGAGGACAGAUGGGCUUUUGGUUUUAUCGCUGGAUUUUCCUUUGUCUUCUGUUUUCAUGCAGUUUGUUUUUAGCCAGAACCAUAAUUUUGGUGGAACAUAAUGAACCUUCUUAACAUUUACUGGAUUCACAAAUACACUUCUUGAAAACAGUGCUAUUACCAAAUUGCCAGGAGGGGUCAUUGCUCUGGGAUUACAAGAUGUUCUGUUCAACUCUUACUGCUAUGCACAGCUGAAUAAGAGCACUGAAAGGAGCCCGUAAAAGUCUGGCAAUGUAUAUUGGUGUGAUGCAUCAAAGUACAGUGAGAAGCUAUUCUGAAAGUGUUUCUAAGCAGACUGAAAUGUGCAAUACUGUAAAGUGCGCGAGAGAGAUUUGGUAAAUCAGCAGGUCAAUUUUCUGUCCAAAUAGGUUUAGAUAAAUUCAUGUGACUACUGAAUAAUUAUACAGUGCUUAUCUGACUGAACUUCCAGUCCCAAAGAUUAAGCAUUUCUGGACAAUUUGCUCAGCUACAGAGACCUUUAGUGAGACAUUUUAAUUGCAAGAGUGCAGGCAACAUCACAUGAUAGAAUCUGCCAUUUCCAGAUCCCUGGUAGCUCAUCUAUCUUCCUGGGGGCUCCAGUUUUUAAUGCUUUCUUUGUACUUGCAGAUGCCUUGUUCUUGUAUUUUAAACAAGGACUAUUAGUGGGCUGUUACAGAAUGGUAAUUCAAGAUCACUGAUCAUACAAUCAUAGAAUCAUUAAGGUUGGAAAAGAUCACUAAGAUCAGCUAAUCCAAAUGUAAUAGUGUGUAUUUAUAAUAAUAAUAAUGAUAAUAAUGAUAAAGCUUUAAUUCAGUGAAUACCACAAAAAGCAUGCUAUAAUUAACAUUGUUUCUAAAUUUAAUAAUACUACAUUUAGUUUUAAUUGUGGCAAAGAACACGCUUUAAUGCAAUCAUAUAUAUUGCCAUUAAUAAAUGACGUGAUUUUAUUACACCUUUAUGCUGCUUGUGGAAAGAUGUGUUGGACAUCUUCACGUUCAUGGUGUUGUCUGAUAUUUGCAGGCUAAUCAGCUUGAAUCUUUACAUACCAUGUCACUAAAACACAGAUAACAUCUGAUUGUUAUCUUCCUUCUCACUUUUUCCCCACAGUGAUGUACCCUCCAUUGCUCUCUAUUCAAACGCAAAAGUUUCCAUCCUCAAGAAAUCUCUCAAGUGUCUUGUUAAUCCUGAAAGACAGCAUAGGGUGUAUGCACACCUCUGACAGCGUGCAGUGCUUCAGCACUGCUGCAGAAAUCGGCACUGUGGAGGACAGAGCGUCUUUCCAGGCUACAGCCUGUGUGGGAAUGCUGAGAGCAGCGGCAGGAGUUAACAGUGGAACAAUUUCCUCCUAAAUCAUUUGGUUUAAAAUGUUGGGUUAAUCACUUGGGAUUUCCUAAAUUGAAUGCUGGAACUGUACAAGAAUUAAUAUCCUGAAGUUAUGCAGUAAGUGGUAUGGUUUGGCACCCCACACAGGCGUGACUGGGAGACGCUUGUGAAAUGGUUUAAAGGUGAGAAAGUCACGUCCAGAGCUGAGGGCACGGGAGGUGGUUGUGGCAGAGCCAGGCUGGAGCGGAGUACUGUGGUGAUGGCAUGUCUUCCUGCUGUGCUGGGCUGCAGUGCUGUCCCUGCUGGUCCCCUGCACCCCUCAGAGCUGACAAACCAGAUGGGUGCAAGAUUUGGGUUUGGUAAAGUGAUAGAAGUAAAGCACAGUUGUUCACAUUUGCAGCAUCACAGGGAUCAGACUCCUUCUGAUCAAGUGCCAGAUCCUGCACUUUGGUCACGACAAUGCCAUGCAAUGCUACAGGUUUGGGGCAGAGAGGCUGGAAAGCUAUAGAGGAAAAGGAUCUGGGGGUGAUAGUGGACAUACAACUGAACAUGAGCCAGCAGCGUGCCCAGGUGGCCAAGAAGGCCAAUGGCAUCCUGUCUUGUGUCAGAAACAGUGUAGCCAGCAGGAGCAGGGGGAGAUCCUCCCUCUGUACUCAGCAAUGGUGAGGCUGCACCUCGAGUACUGUGUUCAGUUCCAGCUCUGGACCGUGUUCAGAGAAGGGCAAUGAAGCUGUGAAGUGUCUGGAGCACAAUUCUUAUGGAGAGAGGAUGAGGGAGCUGGGAUUGUUCAGUGAAGACCUAAUAUCUCUUCAACUGCUUGAAAGGAGGUUGUGGCAAGGUGGGGGUUGGCCUCUUAUUCCAGGUAUUUAAGUGAUAGGAUGAGGUGUAAUGGCCUCAAUUUGCACCAGAAGAGGUUCACGUUGGAUAUCUGGAAAAUAUUCUUCUGUGACAGUGUGGUGAUGCAGUGGUUGCCCAGGGAGGUGAUGGAGUCACUGUCCCUGGAGGUGUUUGAGAACAGUACAGAUGUGGCAAUGAGGGACAUGGUCAUUGGGCAUGGUGGGGAUGGGUUGGUGGUUGGACUAGAUGACCUUAGUGGUCUUUUCCAGCCUUAAUGAUUCUAUGAUUUUGUGUUGAGUCAACAUGAACACCUUCAGUGUUCUUCAGUGGUGCUGCAGCAGUGUCUGCUGGGGGAACAGAGUGCAUGGGGUGCAGCAAGGCCACAUGGUGGGGCACGGUGUCACCCUGUCCUCGGCUGUGCUGCACUCAGAAGCUGGAGUCUCAGGCUAUGCCAUGGAAAGUUCCUCCCAUGAAUUAAAAUUCUUCAGGCAGCAUUUGAUAAAAGAGAGCUGCAGUCUUGCUGUAAUGCUUGUGGCCAAAGCACUACUGAGUCACGAAGAGUUCAAAACAUUUUGACAUUAAGAGCUUUGGAAUUUUCUUUGCAUCCAUGGCUUGAGAUGGACACAGACCAGUGAGUUUCCUCGCAUGCUGCAGGAGUCAUUUACUUGAUAAGGGUUUUGGGGGCAAUGUAGAGUGAUGGAAAUGAUUUCCAGCUUUACUCUUGCCUGAUUAUUGUUUUUCAAAAUAUGUUCUGUGAGCAUUAAAGCAGUAACUACAUAUAUUAAUAACUAUAGCAAUGAAUACCUAUGAUGUAGUAUAUGCAUAAUACAAUUUUAGAAGAUGUCUUAAAGCUUUCUGUCAGUAUGUCUGAUAUCCUUACUUGUGCGGUUGUUAUUUUACCUUCAAAUUACAGCAAAAAUAAGAUCUGUUUAGAGUCAUGAUUUGUCAUUCUAACUGGAAUUAGUCAUUGGUCAUCAAGACACUAAUCAAAUUACCUGUUUCUAAAGAAUUAAUUCAAUUUUACUAAUAUGUAUGAGUAGUUGCUAACUCCACCAAACUGCUCAACGAAUUCAGAAACUUUGUCUGAGUUGGCUUCACCCAACGCAUCGUCAGCACUCUGCUGCUGUCAGUGCAGAAGGACAUGUUGCUGAGGAUGCCCACCCUGCUUAGAAUCACAAAACAAUAGAGUACCCCCAGCUGGAAGGGACUCACUAGGAUUGCUGAAUCCAACUCCUGGCUCCACACAGCACCACCCUAAACUCAAACCAUAUUUCUGAGAGCACUGACCAAACGUUUCUCAAACUCUGCCUUGUCUCAGAGCUCCACUGUGUGAGGGGUUAGCUCGCUGUAAGGUGCCCAUUUCUCUUUAAGGACUCAAGGACUGGGCAAGUUUAAAGAGACCCCGAAAUCAGGCACCUUGGACAGAUGGGUCCGUCAGCUUCAUCCUGUGAGAAGCUGUCAUGUGCCGUUCAGCAGGGGGCAACCACCGCGGGUCAGAGCAGGAUCCCAUGACACUGGUGGGCUGUUUGCAGUGGUGUGUUGUUCAGGCACAGAAACAUAACAAUAACAAUAAGAUUUAGGAUGGUAUAUCAGAAGGCAGCCAUGGGUAUGCAGGGCCAUCCCGGCAGUGAGUGCACAGUGACAGUUUCAUUGCUGCCAGUUCCCUGGGUAGGUAACCCUCGAGGUGUAUUUAUUUAGUGGGGGCAACGACUGAGCCUGGGGCACUGAUUUGGCAUUUCUGGAUGCCGCAAACCUUAAAACCUUCUUCCACGCUUCCUUGGCACUGGGUCGGGCAGCAUCCCGCUAAGCAGACCCAGGCUGGGAUCCCCCCGAUGCCACAGGGGCGGGGUACGCUUCCUCCCGCCCCGGUUCCCCCUUCCCUGCCGCUCUCGGACAGCCACAUCGGGGACCCCCGGGGCCGGAGGGUACCCCGGAGCGGGAUUUGCUCCCCUGCCGGUGCUCGUGAUGCGGGGGACGGCGGCGGCGCCCGGCCCCGCCCGGUGCCCCUCCCGGGGCAGGGCGCAGGCGGAGGUUUGGCAGGGGGGGCCGGGACUGACGAGGCGUGAUCGCCCAAGGCCCCUCCUGCCUGCCGGGGAAGCCUUAAAACACCCCGGCGAGGCGCGGAGUCCCACACUCGGGAGCCCCGACCCACGGGCAAGAAGAGCCAAGCCUCGCCCAGAGCCGCUCCGCUGCAACCGCCGCCAUGCAGGGCACCAUGAGGCUGUGGGUGUCGGUGCUGACUUUCGCCCUGUCGCUGCUGGUCUGCCUGGGGACGCUGGCAGAAGCGUACCCCUCCAAACCGGACAGCCCCGGCGAGGACGCUCCCGCAGAGGACAUGGCCAGAUACUACUCGGCUCUGAGGCACUACAUCAACCUCAUCACCAGGCAGAGGUACGGAAAGAGAUCAAGCCCAGAGACACUGAUCUCAGACCUCUUGUUGAGGGAAAGCACAGAAAACAUUCCUAGAUCCCGGUUUGAAGACCCUUCGAUGUGGUGAUGGGAUUUGCAGCACACCAUCCAAAUUUUUCCUAGUUUUCAAUUCAUACUUCACUCCUCUGAAGCAAAUCAUAGCAUCAUUCCCAGUGCAUGCAGCCAUUGUACCAAACUCUGUAGAGUUUUUCCUUCAUCAUAUUUGUAUAUACUUUUAUUUAAAUAAAUUAUUUGUGCAUUCCAAAAUACAACAUACUAAAUGAAAACAAGCAAUGUUGUCAUUGGUAUAGCAAAGAAUUGUUUUAAACUAUUAAAACUGAAUUAUAACCUCCCUACAGUCUAAAGUGGUAUGGACAACAAUAGUAUCACGGUUAGUACAGUAAUUGGUGUGCAAAGACACCAUUUGUGGUGGCAUCAAACUGCACUAAACUGCUUGAUUUACCCCAAAUUGUUUAAAAUAAUUUAUUAUUUGCCAAAUAAUUUAGGAAAAUAAUAUCCUGAGCGAUUUUUCAUAGUCACCAUACUGAAAACUUAGUAUUGACACUGACAAAUAUUAUUUCAAAAAUGCUAUUCGUUUUAAUAUAAGCAAUGAAGUGCUGGCUUAUUUCUUCUCACUUCUCAAAACUGGUUUGAAGCUUGGGUGUAAGCUUGAAUUAGGAAUUUUACAUGAAACAGAUGCAAUAUCUUUGUUUUGGCAA